AAUUCAAAUAAUCGAAAGGGGAAAAAACCUAUAGAAAUCCAACCACAUUCGGUGUCCUAGUGCCCUUGGUCGGAAACACGUUAUCGUGUUACAACUUGUGCUCGGCUAAAUGUCGUCACGCAACUUGGAAAGAAGAGCUUCAUGGCGUCGACUGUGACCCUAAAAACGUCUGCAUAGGAGGCUAAGUAGAUUUGCUUGGUUCAGUCAUAAUGCCGCUAAAACGUUCCAUCACUACUGGCAUUUGGCUUUUUCUCGUAUCUCUUUCCCUUGAUCUAGUCAAAGCCUUAAACGAGAGUCCUACACAUCCGCUUAUCAUCGAUCUUCACAGUGGUCGAAUCUUUGGGCGAAGAGAAGCCGUACCACACGGUCGUAAUGUUGAAAUGUUCCUUGGUAUUCCUUACGCUGAACCGCCGAUAGACCAGUUAAGAUUUGCUGCUCCUCGUCCAGUUAAGCCUUGGAACGGGACUCGUGAUGCUACAGAUUAUGGACAUCAGUGUAUGAGGGGAGAUGUAGUAGGUCUGAAUGUUCAACCAGGCAUACGAAGUGAAGACUGUUUAUAUCUAAAUGUCUAUACACCAGCAGACAUGGAUAAGCCUCUUCAGCAACUACCCGUCAUGGUGUGGAUUCAUGGAGGUGGUCUGUACCAUGGUGCUGGUAGCAGAUAUGAUGGCUCGGUAUUGGCAAGCUUCAACGAUGUCAUUGUGGUUACUUUUAAUUAUAGGCUUGGGCUUCUGGGCUUUCUUAACAUCCCUGGGACUGAUCUAACGGGUAAUUAUGGGAUGUUGGAUCAAGUGAUGGCGCUAAAAUGGGUUCAAGAAAAUAUUGGUCGUUUUGGCGGGGAUUCUGACCGGGUUAUCAUAUUUGGUCAAAGUGCUGGUGGAGUGAGUACUGAUCUUCUGAUACUAUCACCGCUAACCAAAGGAUUGUUUAGCAGCGCUAUAAUCCAAAGUGGCUUUGCUACAUCCGUUUUUGCUUACUCAUCCUCAAGUGACCCAAAUAAACACGCUCAUUUUGUGAAAAAGCUUCAGUGUGACAUCACAAAGGACCUGUUGCCUUGUCUGCGAAGUAAGACGAGAAAAGAAAUCGUCAAAGCCCAAGGUACAGUCGACUACCACCUCUUGGGGAGUUACUUUCCCGUCCCUGUGGUUGAUGGACACUUCCUUCCGGAUAAACCAAAUGUUUUACUGUCUGAAGGACGUUUUAAUCAUUUAAAAGGUUCUGUAGUACUAGGUGUGACUCGAGACGAAGGGGACGCAAUGUUAUACGGAACACAACCCAACACAGAUGUUCCCCCAACUAGGGAAUCUUUUCAAUGUAUGUUCGAUAAGGUUUAUUUUGUAGCUGACGGAGGAAACGAGUUGGUGAAGCAGGCAAUUCUUUAUGAAUACACCAAUCACUCUGAUCCAGAUAGUCCCGAGAAUCUGCUCAAAAGUUGGAAGGAUUUAAUAAGCGAUAGCUGGCAAUUUUCCCGCGCCGUUUAUUCUGCCAACGCCUACGCCCAGGCGGGUAUCAAUACCUAUGUGUACCAAUUCUCUCACAAGUCUUAUUAUUCUAUCCAUCCCAAGAACACAGGAGUACAUCACUUUGAUGAUGUACAAUACGUAUUUGGUGUUCCAUGGAAGGAAAAUUCAUACGUGUCGCAAGCCUUUUCGUACACUGAUGUCGAGAGAGGUCUGAGUACUAUGAUGAUGAGGUUAUGGAGUAACGUUGCCAUAUAUGGGAGCCCAAACGGUUACGAUAGAGACCUGUUCAGAUGGCCAGAGUAUAACAUCAUUAGUCAAGAGUAUCUAGACAUCAAACUUGAGCCCAGUGUAGGAAGAAAGCUACACGCCGAUAGAAUGGUAUUCUGGAACCAUUUGAUCCCUAAACUCGCCAAUAUUGACGCAUGCAAAGAAAAGGACAAGAAAGAGGAAAAAAUAGAAGAAAGAAAAGAGGAGUUGUGAAGUUUACUCAUACACAUGUAUUUUACUGAAAAUCUACUUCAAUAAAUGCCAUUUAUAGUUUUUCA